CGACAAAACAUGUCUGACAUAAUUCACCGAAACUCAACCCAAAAUUUUUUUAUUCGUCCUCAAAAUUUUUUCAUCAGUGGUUUUUCUAACGUUCCACACGCAAAAUACUACUUCAUUUUCUUAUGUUGCAUCUAUAUCAUCACUGUCUUGGCGAACUCUUUUGUCACAUUUAUUAUAUAUGUGGACCGUUCUCUUCACAUCCCAAAAUAUAUGGCGAUUUUUAACUUAGCAGUAGCUGACUUGGGUGAAAGCACAGCUAUUUUUCCUAACGUCAUUAACGUCUGUCUGUUAAAUAUACAGCAAAUAACCUAUGAAGCCUGCUUGACUAACAUGUUUUUUGUAUUCUUCUUUAACUCCAUGCAGUCAUUCACACUUCUUCUUCUAGCAUAUGACAGGUUUGUUGCAAUUUGCUUCCCACUGAGGUACCACAGCAUUGUCACAAACACUUCAAUGGGCAUUAUUCUCACUGUGGCAUGGGGAAUAAAUUUUAUGCUUUUGUGUCUUGCCGUUGCUUUGAUCACCAGACUGUCUUUCUGUAAAUCCACAGUUAUUGAUAGCUACUUCUGUGACCAUGGUCCGCUAUACAGACUGGCCUGCAAUGAUAAUCUACCAAAUAAUAUAUUAGGAAUAGUGUACAUGAUCUUAUAUUUAUUUUUACCCUUAAUUGUGAUUGGUUUAUCUUAUGCAUGUAUUUUGCUGUCAUUGUUUAAAAUUGCAUCAUGGGAGGGACACUGGAAAGCCUUAAAGACCUGUUUUUCCCACCUAAUAUUAGUGUCAGUAUAUUAUUUUCCAAUAUUGGGUAUUUACAUAGGUGCAAUGGCCGGCUCUGUCCACCGUAAUGCAAGGAUUAUUAAUAUAUCGCUUUCCUAUGCCAUUCCUGCCAUGUUAAACCCCAUUGUGUAUUCUCUGAAUACUGCUGAGAUCAAGGAUUUUGUAAAAAAAAUUAUCAGAAGAAAUAAGCACAGAGUUCAAGAAGCCACAUCAGAUAGACAUUAG